GGAUGAUGACGAUUUACUAAGCUAGGUACCCGAGACUAUCCCGAGCUUGGCUUGAGCAUAGAUGCCAUGUCAAUCAUGUCAUAUCUAAAGCUUGAUACAAUCCAAUGCUUUCUUGGGUUUAGGAGAAGAAAUUGGAGUUCGUCAACUUAACUCUACAAGCGCAAUACCGAAGUGCAUGUUUAGUUGAGAUAUAUAAGAAAGGUAUUGCAAUGACUACACUACAACCCCGCGGUCCAUACUCGCAAGACGAGCUCAAAAAGUUAUAUCCCGAUGAGCUACAACUCCAACUUGUUCAGGUUCUAAUGCGACAUGGUGAACGAAGUCCCGUUUCUGCCAGAUUUCAAAAUGCUGGACUGCAGCCCUACUGGCCGUAUUGUUCAGCAGCUCGGCGAAUGGUGAGCGCUACAAUGGAAGCUAAUUCCUCAGAUUGGACUCCCCUUCAAUGGAGACGUCGCCUGGAGACAUUCGGAAAUGAUGAUGGCCCCGUUAUUGCGCGGGGGCCUCGAGGAGAGGUGGACGAUGUUUGCAAUAUGGGUGAAUUAACAGACAAGGGGAGAGAAACGACUUCACAGUUGGGAACUCGACUUCGAAGACUUUACGUUGACCAAUUGGGAUUCCUACCUCAAAUGAUACAUAAUACCGAUUUCUUGUACCUCCGCGCAACGCCAAUCUCACGAGCUCUGGAAUCAAUGCAGGAAGCCUUCUUCGGCAUGUAUCCGCCCUAUGCCCGCGCCGCAGCUUGCCCACCUCCAACUAUAAUCACACGCUCGCCUUCUGAUGAGACUUUGUUCCCGAAUGAUGGUGGCUGCAGAAGAUUUGCUCAAUUAUCUAGAGCCUUUGCACAGCGAACUGCUGAUCGUUGGAACGAAACGGACGAAAUGGAAUAUUUGAACUUCCUUAUUGGCAAGUGGAUGCCGGAAUCAAGUAAACGGGUAGCCGUCGACUCUCACCCCAGACUUUCCGGUAUUAUGGAUACCAUAAACUCCACCCUAGCCCAUGGUCCUGAAACCAGAUUACCCAAAGAAUUCUACGAUAAAAGAGGUCUGGCAAUCAUAGAAAAAAUAGGAGUUGAGGAAUGGUUUACUGGAUACAACGAGUCAGAAGAAUAUCGCUCUCUCGGCAUUGGAGGACUCAUGGGUGAUGUAGUGUCGAGAAUGGUUGGAAGUGUUGAACAUAAUGGGCAAGAUGGCUUGUUCGAAACUGGCGGUGAAAAUGGUUCCACUGGCAUUGGAAGAGGGGGGGAGAGAGCUAUAAAGAUGGGCUUGAGUGGUUGCCAUGAUACAACUCUCGCCGCUGUUCUUACUAGUCUAGGGGCAUUCGAGGAUCGGCCUUGGCCACCGUACACGUCUCAUAUUGCUUUAGAGAUGUUUCGCAAAAAACAAUCUUCGCUUGGAGAACCCAAGUAUGAGCAAUCCAGCAGCAGUACCAGUACUGGAAAAGGACUGCUCUCGAUAUUUGGAUUGGGCAAGAAAACUGAAGCAGGACCUAUUGGUAUUGCAAGGAAGAAGCUUUCUGACCUUUCGGAAACAGAGAGAUCCAAGCUAGAUGGCUAUUAUGUUAGAAUUCGUUAUAAUGAUGAAGUUGUGACAGUUCCUGGUUGUAGGCCACAGGGCAAGCAUCUUGAUGGCGACCAGUCAUUCUGUACAUUGGCGGAAUUCAAAAACAUAGUCGACAAGUUCACUCCUGCUCACUGGAAAAAGGAUUGCUUGAGCAAUUUAGACGCACCAGCUUUUCCCAAGAUUAAAGAGCCCGCGGGAUAUUAGAUAUAAUACAUGAUAAUAUUACACAAGUUGUUUAUAAGGGGGAGUUAUAGAUCUACGCUACAUUAUGAUUCACAUUGUCCAGCCUUAGAUAGAUUGUCAAAUGUAAUUAGAAGGAAUUAGUGCAAUAUUUCUGGCACCCGGGAUAUCAUGCUAUCUAUAAUCUUCUUGUAUACCAAUCUAUCCACCACGUUGGUCGGGUAUCGUUCUCCAAAUCCAAAGAUAGGUCUAAAACA